AUGCCGCAAGGAUGCUUUGCCGGACACACAGAGCUAUCGCAAGCUGAUUUAGUAGCUUUUCAUAGAGCAGAAGUUCUUUUUUCAACUCUACGAGUUGUACUUGCAGUUUUCCUUGAUUUUAUCUCCCUUGAGUGAUAACUUAAAGAUAUCCGAGUAAUUUUUAAAGUGGUGUUCUCGAGGGCGUUUCUUAGGCCUGGAAAUUAGGAGAUCGGUCUUGAACGUCGAAGGGACAUCUUACCGAAAUAACAAGAUGGUAAGAAUAUUUUGAAAAUGUUCAAAUAUGGCUUCAGUGUGAUUUGUUUUUGAUGGAAUUCUGAACUUUUGGCACAAUUUUUUUACAACUGAUGCUCCAGAAAAGAAAAUUCAAAAAUAAAUUUAAAUCAAUGAUUAAAUUAUAUAUUUAUAUAUUUUAUAAUAUUUUGUACUAAUAUAGACCAUACAGUAAUAUUCUAUACUGUAGAAAAUUAUACAAAAAAAAAAUUGUUCGAAAGGAAAUUUUAAAAAAUAAGAUAAAAUGUUCCAUUCAGAGUUCUCCAUCGAAAAUUUACGUUUAUUAGAAUAAAUAAGUAUAAAUCUGAAAAUAACACAAUAACAAUAACAAGAUUUUACUGUAUUCAUCCCAGAGAGUUAUUAUCUUGGCCGCCUUCUUUCUGACUUUCCUCGGCUGCUGCGCUGCACUUCCGGCCAAGCUGGAGGACAAUUCCAAUCCGCUUAUCGGCAUUCCGAUUUUAUUCGAGGAAUCAACCGGUACUGGAAGCAAACGACAGGAUGACUCAGCUCCAGUAGCAUACGCGCUUUUACUGAGUAAAUUGGAUGGGUCGGAGAGGGAUAUUGAUAGCACAUUGGUCGAGAAACGUGAUGUAAAAGAAAAGGAUCAGGAGGAUCUUGAAACUGCAGCUGGUACUAACGCUCUUCGACCACUGUUCGUCUAUCGACAGCAGUUGGCUUACAGGCAACGACUCAGGGACUCGAAUCGUCGAGGAUAUCGAUUCUGA